AUGACUACCCCUCAACCGGUACCCACGAACACUUCGUUCGACAUAAAGCAAGCGACAGCCAUCGUACCAAUGUACGAUGGCUCAGCAGGUAAUUUAGAAGCGUUCAUUGAUGCAAUAAACCUUCUUGAGGAGGCCUUCACUAAGGCUGAACACAUGGGUACAGCCGUAAAAUUCAUUAAAACCAGACUAACUAAUAAGGCGAGAUCAGGCUUGCCAAGUGACUUGAACAGUCUCCAAGCCAUCGCCGCAAAUAUUAAAGAACGAUGCAAAAGCUAUGAGAAACCAGAGUCCUUGAUUGCUAAACUAAAGCAAAUCAAGAAAAAAGCGUCAACUGUUGAUUUCUGUGAGGAAGUAGAAAACCUCAUACUUAAGUUAAAAAGCCUUUAUUUGGAACAAAAGGUUCCAGAAGACGUUGCAAAUAAUAUGGCAACAAGAGUUGGAUUGUGUCUCGCGACGAUGGGGCAAGCAGACUUACGAAUACAUGAUUUGAGACAAAAUCCUGUAGUAAUUCUUCCAUUAGGACCAGCAAAGAUUAGUCACAAUUAUUUGAGUAUUGACCAUCCCAUUGAGUUAGACCCCAUCGAAGAAGUUGUAAAUCACCUUUUCACAAAAGUUCAAGUAAUUGUAACGCAAGAUCAAAUAUUAAGUCCCAUGUUAAAAGCAAAAAUAGAGGAAGUUAUGUUAACGUUCAAAAAGCUUAGUCCAAAGAACAAUAUAACAAAACGAUGGGAUAGUUUAGGUAAGGCCUGGAAAUACAUUUCUGGGAGUCCUGACGCUGACGAUGUAAGAGCAAUCAAUUCGACAAUCAACAGUACUGUCAAAGAAGAAAAUAAGCAAAUUGAAAUAAAUACAGGAAUAGAUUCUAGAAUUAGGAAUACAACUAGAGCAAUUAACGUUCUGAUAUCCAAUCAGGGGAACCUGACAUCGAAGAUCAACGAAGGAUUCAAUUCAGUCAACUUGCUGUACAACAUAGGCGUGCUAACGCAGCAAAUCGAAACCAUCGAGGAAGCAAUAACUUUGGCCCGCUUCAACAUUCCUAGCAGUCGUUUAAUCAGCCUUACCGAACUAACCGUUGCACGAAAUUUCCUAAGAAAUCAAGGACUCGACGUGACUAUGGCAGAGCAAGUAUUGGAAAUCGCAAAAUCGUAUGUCGUUACCAUUAAAAACUCGAUUAAAUACACUCUGAGGAUCCCAAUGCUAGUAAACGAAAUCUUUAGCCUUUAUCAAGUCGAAUCAGUCAUUUCAAACGGAACUAGGAUUCACCUUCAAUAUAACUAUCAUUUGAACGGAACAACCUCAUACUCUUCGAAAACCAUUCACCCCAACCACCGGGUUGAAGUUGAACUUGACUACCGAGAGUACCCACGGCAAGAUAAAGUUUCUACAUUGGCUAUCCUUCGGUUCAAUAUCGCUAACAUCGCUCUUGGCAAUCGGAAUUAUCGUCGUAUGGAUCAUCAAAAUAUUAUCCCGACGAAAGGCAACAAUAAUCAUCAAAGAGGACCAUUAAGAGAAGACAAGCGAGACUAA